CUCCGACCCCGGCCCCCAAUCUACGACGAUGGCCCAGCGGGCCCGGAGGCCGAGGACGCCAGUGACGACACAUCUGAUGUGGACCCCGAACUGCUGAGGUACUUGUUGGGGCGGAUCCUCGCGGGAAGCGCUGAUUCCGACGCUUUGGCUGCCCAACGCCGCCGCCUCCGCCGGGCCGCCGACCAGGAUCUGGGCGCUGAAGUGCCGCCUGAGGGUGUGCUGGGGGCCUUGCUGCGCGUGAAACGCCUGGAGACCCCCGCGCCCCCGGCGCGCCGCCUCUUGCCGGCCUGAGCACCGCCAGGAUUCUGCGUGCCCUCGGGUCCAGGGCUGCCCCUCCCCCUACACCCCGACUGGUCUUUGUCUGCGUGACUGCUCCCCCGCCCGAAAGGGCCCUUGGCCGCUCCUCCUCCGACACCCGACUGCUCCCCGCUGGCAAGACUGCUAUUUGGCCAGCGCCACUGCUCCUCCGCCAGUGAGGGCCCAUGGCCACCCCUCCCCUGACACCUGCAGGUCCCCACCAGCAGCAGUUACUGCUCUCUGAACCCCCAAGAUCGCCAACCCUAGCCCCACAAUAAAUAUGAAAUGAAGCAGCUA